UAUCUAUCUACCUUUCGCGUUGGAAACUGACUCUUCAGCAAUCAAUAGCUUAACAUCGAUGUGAGAAGUAUGUCAUUACAUGCGAUGGACUGUGUCUUCCAAUAGUCACCAGAAGCCAAUUUUAUUUGUCCUCUACAGCUAUUGCAAAUCAGUAUUACAUCGCAAGAACUCAACAACACACCUAUCUCCGUGUUACUUUUCAUGCGCCUAUAGUGUAUCACAGCUUUUUCAGUGCAACAUCUUCCUAACUCUGGAGCUAGAUUAUUCAGAAGUUGUUAAUUGUAGUAGCUACACGUGUUGUUAGCCAUUUAUGUGACCAUGGCUAAGCCAAUUUACACACCACCAACUGCGGAGGAUAUAUUUCGCUACCGCUAUCAACAUGGGACUAAUCUAGGCUCAAUGUUCGUUCAUGGGCCCUGGUUAAGCGAUGGUGCAUCCAGUUAUGACUCCGGUGGCUUCAAGGAGCUCGAAGAGGUAAAAAGAUCGCUUGCGACUAAAGGACUUGAAGAAACUCGACUGCAAUGGGAAGCACACUGGCGGGGCGCCCUAACCGACCUCGACAUUCUAUGGCUCAAAGGCGUGGCACGCUGCAAUUCAAUACGUAUCCCCAUGGGCUUCUUUGCCCUGGGACCGGUCUUCUGUACGGGCACAGAUUUCGAAGGCGAGCCAUCGGAGGUAUACAUUAACUGUUGGAACAUCCUAAAACGCCUCAUAGAAAAUUGCUACAAUCACGGUAUCGGAGUCCUCAUUGAUUUUCAGACCAUCCCAGGUAGCAUGGACCAGAAUAGCCAGAGUGAUUCCGGGAUCGCUGACUUCUGUGCAAGCGAGCGCAGCUGGACAAUAGCGACAGACUGCGUCGCUUUUAUCGUUCAAGAAGUGACUUUCCACGCAAUGAGGGGUGUGAUUGGAGUUCAAAUAUCUAGCGAAACGGACUGGAAAACGUGCGCCCUUCGCAAAUGGUACGAUGAAGUUCUCGAGAUAACGAGUUGCGUGAACCCGCCUCUGCCAAUCUAUAUCAGUGACGGCAGGAACUUCUCCGAAGCCCUGGAUUAUGCUAUGAUGAAAAACCGACUGGGGGCUCCUGUCUGCAGAAGUCCGAUUAUUGUGGACACUCACAAGUAUUACACUACAGGGUCAUACCGGCACAUGAAACCUGAGGCUAUCAUCUCACGGGUCCACGAUGCGUUUCCGGAACUGUCGACUCGCCAGGGCAAAGUGUGCUCUCAGGGAACGGCUGUAGAUGCUUAUAUUGGCCAGUAUAGCUGCGCAAUGGACUCGCAAACUUGGGGCCGUGUGAACCCGUCUGAGAGGUUAGCUUUGACUAAGGCCUUUGGCCAAAAGCAGAGCAAACAGUGGCAAUCUAGGACCUGCGGAUCUGCUUUCGUGGGCUAUAAAAUACACCGGAUAAGUGGAGACGAGUGGGACUUUGUGCAACAAGUCAGUAACGGUGCUAUACCGCCCCCGCCGUGGCUUGCAUUCUCCCGGGCACAGGUUCUCAGCAAGAUUGGACAAGCAGAGACCCAGCGACCGCAUGUCCGGAGAACUGCUUUGUCACAACACUCAGCCCUACCAGAUACACGUGAGCACCAGCAGUAUGCGCUCGGCUGGAACCUUGGAUUUAGUGAUGCUUUAAGCUUUUUUGGCGUAUUAGCCCGAGAUAUUGUACCCGGUGGCUGGAACGGAGGAGAAAAGAUUGGAGCUAUGGAGCUAUGGAUCCGAAAGCGAAUGACUGAUGUCGAACAGUUGGAUGAGAAAUUUGCCGAGGAGUGGGAGAAUGGUUUCAGGAAGGGCGUCAGCGACUUUUGUGACUUUGUAGGUAUCAGUACUGAUGAUUUGCUUUGAACGAAACAGAGCCCUUUGGUUGGGAUUGUUUAAUGCUGGCGUGCCAUCACUGAUGUUUCGCUCUCCAGCUCAAUGGGUGCUGAUCAAAUUCAUACCUACACUCAUCAAACAGUAUUACUAACUCUGGAUAACUGUACCACAUUCCUUGAUCCUUACUAGCUUGGGAUUUGGGAAGUGCUAUUGGAUGCGAUGCGUCUUAACACAAUUGCGCCCCAGAUCUUUGAUAUCCAGACGCUAUCGUACUAAAUGUUUAAUAGAAGAUAUUCAUAGGAAAUGAAAAGAAAAGAACCAAGAGUACAUGCGAGGAGAA